CUGGCUGCGGGCAGGGCAGGGGGUGCGGGGCUGGCUGCGGGCAGGGCAGGGGGUGCGGGGCUGGCUGCAGGCAGGGCAGGGGGUGCAGGGCUGGCUGCAGGCAGGGUGGCUGCAGGCAGGGCAUGGGGUGCGGGGCUGGCUGCGGGCAGGGCAGGGGGUGAGCCAGAAGGGGGCGGCGCCGUGCUUCCCGUGUUCCCCAGUCCUGCAGCUUCUAGCUCAGGGGCGGCAGCCUCAGCCAAUGAUUGGGCACAAGCACUGGGGCAUAUAUUGGAAAAGAUUGUGUUGGCCUAUGCUACGUCAAACUCUUGUCGUAAGUUAAGGUUAUUUGCUGGGGAAGAGGAGUUUGAACCCUGGUUGGAGCAUACCACUGAAAUGCUGCGGGAGUGGGCCGUACCUGAUGUAGAAAAGCGAAGAUGUCUAAUAGAGAGCCUUAGUGGCCCAGCAUUAGAUGUACUUCGCACCCUGAAGCUCAUUGACCCUGAGGAUGAAGACGAGAUUGCAGUCUCGAUCAGCUGA